CAGCAGUUCAGCCUGUGUGGCUCGCAGGAAGCCAUCCUUGGCCUUUUGAAUCUUGCCAGUUCGCAGCUCACCGAUUGGGGAGGCUCAAGCACCUGUCUUCGCCGUCGGAAGAGGGUGAGGGGAUCUGGGGACAGUGAGGAGCUAGGUGGUCCCAGCCUGGAAUCCAGCCAUCUGGACAUGGGAAUCUUCCCGCCUAGGACCCUGCGGAUGUCUCCAGGGAAGUGGUGAUCCAGGCAGGACCGGACUGCCCAACGAGCACCAAGAAAUGGAGGCAAAUGACCAUUUUAACUUCACUGGCCUUCCUCCUGCACCUGCUGCCUCAGGACUGAAACCCUCUCCUUCAGGAGAGGGCCUCUACACUAACGGGUCUCCCAUGAACUUCCCCCAGCAAGGGAAAAGUUUGAAUGGGGAUGUGAAUGUUAAUGGCUUAUCUACUGUAUCUCACACUACUACUUCAGGGAUUUUAAACUCUGCUCCCCACUCCUCCAGCACCUCACACCUCCAUCACCCCAACGUGGCCUACGACUGUCUCUGGAACUACUCACAGUACCCCUCUGCCAACCCUGGCAGCAACCUCAAGGACCCACCCCUUCUCUCCCAGUUCUCGGGGGCACAGUACCCACUCAACGGCAUUCUUGGGAGCAGCCGACAGCCUUCGUCCCCGAGCCACAACACUAAUCUUCGGGCUGGGAACCAAGAGUUCUGGGCCAACGGUACCCAGAGUCCCAUGGGGCUUAACUUUGACUCACAGGAACUAUAUGAUUCCUUUCCUGACCAGAAUUUUGAGGUGAUGCCCAAUGGGCCCCCUAGUUUUUUCACCUCCCCCCAGACUUCUCCUAUGUUGGGCUCUAGUAUCCAGACGUUCGCACCCUCCCAAGAGGUGGGUAGUGGCAUCCAUGCUGAUGAGGCGACAGAAAAGGAGCUGACUGCCGUGGUGGCAGAGAAUGGCACUGGCCUGGUAGGCAGCCUGGAGCUGGAGGAAGAGCAGCCAGAACUGAAGAUGUGCGGCUACAAUGGUUCUGUCCCUUCUGUGGAGUCAUUGCACCCAGAGGUCUCGGUCUUGGUCCCUGACCCCACAGUGAGCUGUCUGGGUGACCCUUCACAUCUUCCUGAGCAGCUGGAAGACACUCCCAUCCUCAGUGAAGACUCUCUGGAGCCCUUUGACUCACUGGCGACAGAGCCAGUGAGUGGAGGGCUUUAUGGUAUUGAUGACGCAGAGCUGAUGAGUGCAGAGGACAAGCUGCCUCUGGAGGACAGUCCUGUGAUCUCGGCCCUCGAGUGCCCCUCCCUCAACAAUGCUGCUGCCUUCAGUCUCCUGGCCGACGACAGUCAGACAUCAGCCUCCAUCUUUGCAAGCCCCGCCUCUCCACCUGUCCUAGGGGAGUCUGUCCUCCAAGAGAACAGCUUUGACCUGAAUAAUGGCAGUGAUGCCGAGCAAGAUGAGCUGGCCUCCCAGGCCUCAGCCUUCUCACCGCCGCUGGUGGAGGCAGCCCCCAGGCCACCGUCCACGCUCCAGCUGCACCCGCCUGCCUCCCCGGCAGCCCUCUCCUUGGCCGUGUCUCCUGCAGCCUCUCCAGCCCCUGGUGCUGGCUUGCCUGCAGUCUCCUCAGAGGUCGCCUUGUCCGGCCCAGUGACAUCCCCCACUGGCUCCCCUGUGCCUUCCCCAGCAGCAGCUCUCCCAGCAGUCUCGGCCACUCCGGAGGUCAGCAGCUUUGCUGAAGCCCCUGCUGUCCUGGCCAAGCGCGCUGGGGAGGGAGUCCCUGCUGCCGGGAAUGGUGAUGUUCUCAGAAGACGCGUUGCCACCCCAGAGGAAGUUCGUCUGCCCCUUCAGCACGGGUGGCGGAGAGAGGUGCGCAUCAAAAAAGGCAGCCAGCGGUGGCAGGGGGAGACCUGGUAUUACGGUCCCUGCGGAAAGCGGAUGAAGCAGUUUCCUGAAGUGAUCAAGUACCUGAGCCGUAACGUGGUACCCAGUGUCCGCCGUGAGCACUUCAGCUUCAGUCCCCGCAUGCCUGUUGGAGAUUUCUUUGAAGAGCGAGACACACCAGAGGGCCUGCAGUGGGUCCAGCUCUCGGCAGAGGAGAUCCCAUCCAGGAUUCAAGCAAUUACUGGCAAGCGGGGUCGACCUCGAAACACCGAGAAGUCUAAGAGCAAGGAGGUUCCCAAGGUGAAGCGGGGCCGAGGUCGGCCACCCAAGGUCAGAGUCCCUGAGCUGUUGACUAAAGCAGAUCACCGCCCGUUGAAGGAGCCAGAGGCCCAAGAAACACCGAAUGAGGAAGAGAAAGCGAAGAUGAGUAAAAGCAAGAAGAAGGUGAGGCAGAAAGUGCAACGGGGAGAGAGUCAGCCCAGCCAGGGGCAGGCCAGAAACAAGAGGAAACAGGAGACCAAAAGCUCAAAACAGAAGGAAGUCAAGAAGAAAUCCAAGGCGGUUGAGAAAGAGAAAGUAAAGACAAAGCAGGAAAAACUAAAGGAAAAAGUCAAGCGGGAAAAGAAAGAGAAGGUCAAAACGAAAGACAAAGAGGAGACGGCCAGAGGUAAGGCAGUGGGCAAGGCUGAGAGGAGUGCGGCCACACGCAGGCGCCUGGAGGAGCGGCAGCGGCAGCAGGCGAUCCUGGAGGAGAUGAGAAAGCCCACUGAGGACAUGUGUCUGCCUGACCACCAGCCACUGCCUGACUUCUCCCGCAUCCCUGGUCUCACGCUGCCUAGCAGUGCAUUCUCUGACUGCCUGACCGUCGUUGAGUUUCUGCACAGUUUUGGCAAGGUGCUGGGCUUCGACCCUACCAAAGAUGUGCCUAGCCUAGGCGUCCUGCAGGAGGGCCUUCUCUGUCAAGGUGAUAGCUUGGGCGAGGUGCAGGACCUGCUGGUGCGACUAUUGAAGGCUGCGCUCUGUGACCCGGGCCUGCCCUCAUACUGUCAGUCCCUCAAGAUCCUGGGGGAGAAGGUGUCGGAGAUCACCCUGACGAGAGACAACGUGUCGGAGAUCCUACGCUGCUUCCUCAUGGCCUACGGGGUGGAGCCAGCCCUCUGUGACAGCCUGCGCACGCAGCCCUUCCAGGCCCAGCCACCUCAUCAGAAGGCUGCCGUGCUGGCCUUCCUGGUGCAUGAGCUCAAUGGCUCCACCCUCAUCAUCAAUGAGAUCGACAAGACCCUGGAAAGUAUGUCCAGCUACAGGAAGAACAAGUGGAUAGUUGAAGGUCGGCUGCGGAGGCUGAAAACUGCUCUGGCGAAGCGAACUGGGCGGUCUGAGGUCGAGCUGGAAGGUCUGGAGGAGAGCUUGGGGCGGAGACGCAGUUCCCGGAUCAUGGAAGAGACAAGCGGCCUGGAGGAGGAGGAGGAGGAGGAAGCUGCAGCUGCUGUCCAUGGUCGCAGGAGUCGCAGGGAUGGAGAGUGUCCACUGGUUUCUUUACAGGUUGAUGCCACAACAUCUAGCAUCCCCGAGCUCGAGCGCCAAAUAGAGAGGCUCAGUAAGCGUCAGCUCUUCUUUCACAAAAAGCUGCUGCAUUCAUCCCAGAUGCUCCGGGCAGUCUCCUUGGGUCAGGACCGCUAUAGACGCCGCUACUGGGUGUUACCGUGUCUGGCUGGCAUCUUUGUAGAAGGCACUGAAGAAGAGAGCUUAGUUCCUGAGGAUGUGAUCAAACAGGAAAUGGACUCCUUUGAGGUGGCAGCCUAUCCAGCAUCCAGUUCCACCCUUUGCUCGGUGAAGCGGGAGCCCAGUGGCUGCAGCACGCCUGCCACAUCUCCUGCCCGGGCCCGCGGCCGGCCACGGAAAACUAAAUCUGGGUCUCUGCAACACAGAUGCCCCAAGUCCCCUUCCAGGGGUCAGGAUGUAGAAGAGCCCCAGGUGCAGCCGCAGGCACAGUGCUGUCCACAGCUUCAGGCUCCUGCCCAGCCCCAGCCAUGUCCUCUACUCCAUAAUGGAUUCCUGGAGCCAGAAGGCUCCCCCGUGUCCCUGGGUCAGAGCCAGCAUGACCUCAGCCAAUCAGCCUUCCUGUCUUGGCUGAGCCAAACUCAAAGCCAUGGCUCUCUGUUGAGUAGCUCAGUCCUCACGCCGGAUAGCAGUCCAGGAAAGCUUGAGCCAGUUCCAUCCCAGCCCGCUGAGGGGCCUGAGCCCGAAGAGGCUGGCUGUGAGCCUGGGACUCCAGCGCCCUGGUUCAGCUUCUCAGCCCGCAUGCCUUGCAACGCUGCUCCAACACCACCCCCUGCCGGUUCUGAGGACCAGCCCACUUGCUCCCCUCAGCUGCUUGCCUGCUCCAAGCCAGGCAACAGACCCAUUGCUGCCAGUCUCUGUUCUCCAGUGACGUUCUCCUCAACCCCUUUGCCUGGGGUGGGCCCUAAGAGGCAAGCAGGAGACCCUGCAGAAAUGACACAGAGUUUCACAGAUUCGGGACAACCGAAACGGAGAGGGAGACCUCCCAGUAAGUUCUUAAAGCAGAUGGAGCAGCGUUACCUGACCCAGCUGACGGCCCAGCCAGUGCCCUCUGAGAUGCGCUCAGGUUGGUGGUGGAUCCGGGACCCUGCCAUGGUAGAUGCCACACUGAAGGCACUGCACCCUCGAGGCAUCCGGGAGAAGGCGCUGCACAAACACCUCCACAAGCACAGGGAUUUCCUUCAGGAAGUCUGCCUGAGGCCCUCUGCUGACUCCAUCUUUGAGCCUUGUCAGCACCCGGCCUUGCAGGAAGAGCUUAUGAACUGGUGCCCCAAAGAGAAGACCUACGAGACCGACCUAGCUGUGCUUCAGUGGGUGGAGGAGCUGGAGCAGCGGGUUAUCCUGUCAGACCUGCAGAUUCGGGGCUGGACAUGCCCCAGCCCAGACUCCAUCCGGGAAGACCUGGCCUACUAUGAGCACCUCUUGGAUGCGCAAGAAGAUAUCACCUGGCGAGGAAGGGGCCGGGAGGGACUGGUGCCACAGCGUACAGCCACUAACCCACUGGAUCUGGCCGUGACACGCCUGGCCGCACUGGAGCAAAACGUGGAACGGCGGUACCUGCGGGAGCCCCUGUGGCCAGCUCAUGAGGUGGUGCUGGAGAAAGCUCUGCUCAGUACCCCCAAUGGUACCCCUCCGGGCACUACUACCGAGAUCUCCUAUGAGAUCACCCCUCGCAUUCGGUUGUGGCGCCAGACACUGGAGCGGUGCCGCAGUGCAGCCCAGGUGUGCCUGUGCCUAACCCAGUUGGAGCGGUCCAUUGCCUGGGAGAAGUCUGUCAACAAAGUGACCUGUCUGGUGUGCCGGAAGGGUGACAAUGAUGAAUUUCUUCUGCUUUGUGAUGGAUGUGACCGUGGCUGCCACAUUUACUGCCAUCGACCCAAGAUGGAAGCUGUCCCAGAAGGAGACUGGUUCUGUGCUGUCUGUCUGGCCCAGCAGGUGGAAGAGGAAUUCCCUCAGAGGCCUGGAUUCCCAAAGCGAGGCCAGAAGCGGAAAAGCAGUUAUGCACUGAACUUCUUUGAGGGCGAGGGCCGCCGGCGCCGGGUGCUACCCCGGGGCCGGGACAGCCCUGCCACACCUCGGUCCUCGGAGCAUGGGCUGUCCCCAUCCAAGCGGCGGCGACUCUCCAUGCGGAACCACCAUAGUGAUCUCACAUUUUGCGAGAUCAUCCUGAUGGAGAUGGAGUCCCAUGAUGCGGCCUGGCCCUUCCUGGAGCCUGUGAACCCCCGCCUGGUGAGCGGCUACCGGCGCAUCAUCAAGAACCCCAUGGACUUCUCCACCAUGCGGGAGCGGCUGCUGAGAGGAGGGUACACCAGCUCGGAGGAGUUUGCUGCGGACGCCCUCCUGGUCUUCGACAACUGCCAGACCUUCAAUGAGGAUGACUCCGAGGUGGGCAAGGCCGGGCACAUCAUGCGCCGCUUCUUCGAGAGCCGCUGGGAGGAGUUGUAUCAGGGAAAACAAGCUAGCCCGUGAAGCCAGGGAGGGGGCUGCCGGGCGGCCUCCAGAUGGACAUGGAGCCUGCCCUUCUCACCUGCUGAGGCUGCUGGGCCCUGCUGAGUCGGUCCUCUAGCAGUGAGCCCGUCCUGGCAGCCCCCCUCCCUCCUCUGGCUCCUAGAGUGGGAGGGGCAAGAUGAGGUCCUUCUGGACUAAAAAGCCAAAAAAAGAGAAAGAAUUUUCCUUUCUGUUUUAUUUCCUAAUUAAAAACGGGAGGGGGAGAGAAGUCGUCUCCCCCUCCCGGCCUCUCCUGCCCUGUGCGUGCCCCGCAUCCUGGGGUUAUUUAACAAUAGCAAUAGUUCUAGUGAAUGUGUGAAACUGAGGACACUCUGUACUGUGUGCGGACCCGCAGUGACGGCCAGUAAAGUGGACUUAACUCCCAAGUGUGUCGAGCCGGACACCGGGCCCUGAACAUGCUGCUUCCAUGUUCAGUCCUACCCUGCCUGCUUCUCUCUCUUCUCUCCCCCACCCCCGCCCUCCAUUUUUCAAAUUUUCUCUCAUCCAAUAAUGUAAAACUAUCGUGUACGGGUUCUCCCCCCUCCUUUCUCCCAAAUUUUAACCCUUCAAAGGAAGAAACAAUGUUGGAGCUCCCUGUCUUUCUGUCCUCCCUCCCCCGUGGAGUGGGGUGCUCCUCACAUGCUGAGUUUCUAGCCUUUUCUGAAGCUCAGCAGCUGGGGAGAGUGUGGGAGGUGCCCUGGACCUUGCAGCCUCCUCUCCACUCCUUCCUAAACCUCCCUCUUGGGAACUCCUCAGGGACAACUACUGCUGAGUUCGGGCACACCCCGAUGAAGGCCAGGGAGCAGUGAACUGGCCUGGUAUGUGAGAAUGAGUGUGUAAGAGACAGACAGGGAGGGGCUGCUGUGACGGUGGGCCGGGAUCCCUUCAGUUUCCCCCGGUUCUGUCCUUACUGCCUCAGCCAUCUUCAAACCAUCACUUCCUUAGUCUAUGGGAAACUGCAGGAACAGGUUCUCGGGGACCAGGCUGUGUUUCUCUCCUCCCGCUUUUCCUUUCUAGCCUCUUCAAACUGUGCAAUCUGUCAGCCUGUGCUCCCUCCGUGGGAGAGCUAGAACUGGAGCUUCUCUAAGCCCAGGAGCUCUGUGGGUAUUGGGGUGCUUCCCUCCUGCUGGCCUCCCCUGCUCUGCAGAGCCUUGCAGCCCAAGAGGGAGGGGAGAGGGUGUCCCAGGCCUGCUGCUGCCCAUGCAGCCAGCACUGAGUCAAGUCCCUGCCAGGUGAGAGGAAAGCCACCAAGUGCCCGUGAGAGCCCUGAGCCCUGGCCCCUCCACCCCGCUUUCCUGCUCAGCAGAGCCCCUCCCGUCAGAGAUUACGGGUACUUGCACUGGGGAGGUGGCUGCUGGCUGGCCCAGGCAGGCGGAGAGCUGGGGUGUUGGGCAAGCUCCCUGGCAGGGGACCUUGGGCGGCACUGGCAGUGCUGGGGCAGCCUCACCCCCAACGUGUCUUCUCCCCGAUAGCCUAUUUCUAAAGUCGCCUUUUGUCAGAUAAACCUCAAAACUUUUAACUUUAUUUGAGAUUUUUUGUUUUUUGCUUUUAAAUAAGAGGUGGAUUGAAGAAUAUUUGAAUUGACUUUAUAUUAUGCAUAAAUAUUUAUAUUUUAUCUAAGUAACUUCGCUGUAACAAACUUUGUGUUGGCCAGAUGUUAGGGACUGUUGGCGCGGGGCUCCUGCUGGUGUUCCUCCCCCACCCACCUCUUUCCCUAGGGACCAGGCACUCUCCAGUGGGGGUGGGGGUCCUCACCUCAAGUUUGAAGAAGUGGGGACUGCAGAGGGGUGGGGUAGGGCAUGAUCCAGGGGCCAUUUCUCACUUCUCUUUCCUCAUCUUCACCGCCCCUCGAGCUAGGUGGCUUUUUUCUCCUGGACAAAGAGUAUUUGGUAGGGAAGACAGAUUCACAAGAGACGGACAGGCCGCCAGCCUCUGUCCCCCUCCCCUGCCGGUCCGGUAACAGGAAGAACCACACCACCAACACCUACAAGUUUCCAUGUUCCUUUACAGCAAAAGGGACUGUUUUAUAUAACCAAAUGUGGUGUUUUAGUGACUUUUUGAUAAUGUACAGUUUUUUGUGAAUUUAAAUUUAUUUCUUUCUAUAUUUUUAGGACCAAUCUCAUUUUUAAUAAGGUUAAAAAAAAAGGAAAAAAAAAGUCUAGAGAAAAAAACUCCUGUUUUUGCCAUGUGAUGUUCCACAAGUGCAGCUGUAGAAAAGUGCUUGUCAGUUGAAUAAAAACCACAUUUGAUAGAGA